AUGUUCCGCGACAUCCACAUGAACACGGCCAAAGGCCUCCCUGCAGGCCUUCCUGCGGGCCUCCCAGACGUCCACAUGAGCACCGCCAAGCUCGACACCACCCGCACCUUCAAGCAGGGCCAGUUCCGCCUCUGGGAGAAGGAGCUGCUCGACAGCCCAGAGGUCAAGCGCAAGGCGACCGUCGCCCAGCUCUACUUCCUCGACUACUACUUCCAGCUCCUGGGCUACAUCGGCUCGCGCAAGGACCGCCGCGCCAAGUUCGACGCCGACACCGCCGCUCGCGCGCUCUCGUCCUCUGAGCACCACAAAGAGUUCAAGUCGUAUUGCGGGCGCGAGCGCGUCGUCCUCCGCAAGCGCCGCACGAAGCUCCGCGUCGAUCAGUUCCACAUCAUCGCUCAGGUCGGACAGGGCGGCUACGGCGAGGUCUACCUCGCCCGCAAGCAGGAGACCGGCGAGGUAUGCGCCCUCAAGAAGAUGCGCAAACGGACGCUCUUCAAGAUGGAUGAGAUCCGACAUGUCUUGAUUGAGAGGGACAUCCUGACGGCGACCAAGACGCCGUGGCUCGUGCGCCUCCUCUACGCGUUCCAGGACCCCUCCUUCGUCUACCUCGCCAUGGAAUACGUCCCCGGCGGCGACUUCCGCACCCUGCUCAACAACUCGGGCGUGCUCAAGGAGGAGCACGCCCGCUUCUACAUCAGCGAGAUGUUCGCCGCCGUCUGCGAGCUCCACAAGCUCGGGUACAUUCACCGCGAUCUCAAGCCCGAGAACUUCCUCGUCGACUCGAGCGGGCACGUCAAGCUCACCGACUUUGGCCUCGCGACGGGCGCGCUCAACCCCAAAGUCAUCGACGCGCUCAAAGACAAGGCACGCUCUCCUCGCGAUCGCCCCGAUCCGUCCGUCCUGGACAAAGUCAAGGACAAGGAGAUCGUCCACCGCUCGACGAUGGAGCGCCGCUCGAUCUACCGCUCGAUCCGCAGCGACGACCCGCGCUACGCAGACUCGAUCGUCGGCUCGCCGGACUACAUGGCGCCCGAGGUGCUCCGCGGCAAGCCGUACACCUACGCGGUCGACUACUGGUCCCUGGGCUGCAUCCUGUUCGAGUUCCUCGCGGGCUUCCCGCCGUUUAGCGGGAGCACGCCCGAGGAGACAUGGACGAACCUCAAGAACUGGACCAAGGUCCUGAGGAGGCCCGAGUACGACAAGCCGGAGGACCUCAUCUUCAACCUCACCGACGUCGCCUGGGACGCCGUCACGAGGCUCAUCGCACACGCGAGCGUGCGCUACGCGCACCUCGACGACCUCGCCGCGCACCCCUUCUUCGCGGACGUGCAGUGGGAGCACCUGCGCGCCACCAGCGCGCCCUUCGUGCCCGCGCUCGACUCCGAGAUCGACACGGGCUACUACGACGACUUCACGUCCGUCGACGACAUGGCGAAGUACGCCGAGGUGCGCGAGAAGCAGCGCAACGUCGAGCGCGUGCGCGAGAAGGAGGAGCCGUUCGCGCGCGGCGUCUGGGUCGGGUUCACGUUUGGGAAGAACGGCCCCGGCGUGAAGGCGUUCAGCGCUAUGGGCGAGGGGUACGACGACAGCGGCGCGAUGGCUACCAUAUUCUGA